CUAUGAGUGAGGCUUUGAUGUUCGCACAGACGGGCUCUUUACCAGUGUGUUCCGCUGCUAUAGGCUGCGCCUGAAUGGCAUUCGCUAUUGGUGCUUGUGCGUACAUAUAGAGGAGCGCUAGCGCGGGAUAAGGGUUGGCGCCUGAGGUUCAUAUUUUCAACUUUUAAAGGAAUGAAAUAUCAGUCAACCCGGCUGUAAAUUUCGCUCGGACAUGAUGGAUUUAUGACAAACAGCAUGCUUUUUCUGAUGGAGUUGGAUUGACGAUUGACUAAUUUGAGCGUCCAUGCGUGUUAUAUUUUUAGAUAUGUGUUUUAUCCCGUAUUCUAGAGCUGAUGUUGUAGGACAAGUUUCGGACACCAAAAUGUGUUUAUUUUUUAUUUUGAUAUUAUCAACUUUAGAAAUCUGUCAGUCGCUGGCCCCUCGGAACGUUUAUACAAAUCACUGGGCAGUGCGUAUUGCAGGGGGACAAGAAGAAGCGGAUAAACUAGCUGUUAAAUAUGGUUAUAAUAAUUAUGGACAGAUCGGGAGUCUGGAGGACCAUUACCAUUUCCACCACAGCAGAGUGGUGCGCAGAGCAGCUUUCUCCACUAGGGGCGCUCACUCAUUCAUCCAGAUGGACCCAAAGGUUGACUGGGUCCAACAGCAGCUGGUGAAGCAGAGAGUAAAGAGAUACAUCCAAAGGGACACCAGAAGCCCUGACCCCAACUUCGUCCACUUCAACGACCCCAAAUGGUCCAACAUGUGGUAUAUUCACUGUACGGACAAGAACAAUCGCUGUCGGUCAGAGAUGAACAUUCUGGCAGCGUGGCAGAGAGGCUACACGGGCAAGAACGUGGUGGUCACCAUCCUGGACGACGGCAUCGAGAGGAACCACCCUGACCUGGCACAGAACUAUGACCAGCUGGCGAGUUAUGAUGUCAACGGGAACGACCAUGAUCCAACUCCUCGUUAUGAUUCUAGCAACGAGAACAAACAUGGGACGCGGUGUGCCGGUGAGGUUGCAGCUGUGGCUAAUAACUCCCACUGCAUUGUGGGAAUUGCAUACAACGCACGCAUUGGAGGUAUUCGUAUGCUGGAUGGUGAUGUGACAGAUGUAGUAGAGGCGAAGUCCCUCGGUAUCAGACCUGACUACAUAGACAUUUACAGCGCCAGCUGGGGACCUGACGACGAUGGAAAGACCGUGGACGGACCAGGGCCUCUGGCCAAACAGGCCUUCGAGAUGGGCAUCAAAAAGGGCAGGAAGGGUCUGGGAUCCAUCUUUGUUUGGGCGUCGGGGAACGGCGGUCGCCAGGGUGACCACUGUUCGUGUGACGGCUACACCAACAGCAUCUACACCAUCUCCAUCUCCAGCACCACAGAGAACGGCAACAAGCCCUGGUACCUGGAGGUCUGCUCCUCCACACUGGCCACCACCUACAGCAGCGGGGAGUUCUAUGACAGGAAGAUAGUGACCACAGACCUGCGUCAGCGCUGUACUGAUGGCCACACUGGCACCUCUGUGUCAGCUCCCAUGGUGGCUGGGGUCAUCGCUCUCGCUCUGGAGGCCAACCCAUUGGUCAGCUGGAGAGAUAUCCAGCACCUGCUGGUCAAGACGUCCAGGCCUGUCCACCUGAAGGCCAACGACUGGGAGACCAACGCAGCCGGACACAGAGUGAGUCACCUGUAUGGCUUUGGGCUGGUGGAUGCGGAGGGUAUGGUGGUGGAGGCUAAGAAGUGGAGGAGUGUUCCUACCCAGCACACCUGUACUAGGAUGUCUGAACGACGUACCAGGUACAUCCGUGCAGACCAGAGCCUGAACAGCACCAUCACUAGCACAGGGUGUACGGAGCAGGCGGAGCAGCAUGUAAGCUACGUAGAACAUGUGGUGGUCAAGGUACUGAUUGUCCAUCCACGACGAGGAGAUCUGGAGAUCAGCCUCAUAUCACCCUCAGGAACACGCUCACAGCUACUGGCCAAGAGGUUGUUUGAUAACUCUAAUGAAGGUUUUAGGAACUGGGAGUUCAUGACUGUUCACUGCUGGGGGGAGAGGGCAGAGGGCCAGUGGAUCCUGGAGAUCAUAGACUCUCCCUCAUCGCUACGCAACCCAGAGGUGCUGGGUAAACUGAAAGAGUGGACGCUGGUCCUUUAUGGCACCUCGGGGCACCCGUACCAGUCUCACGGGACCCAGCACUCUCGCUCCAGGAUGCUUGAGAUCCCAAGCCCCAGCCGGGACCCCAACGAGCCCGAACCGCCCCCGGAGGGCCUUAAGCACCAGGAGGAGGAAGAGGAGGAUUACAGCGGGCCGUGCCACAGUGAGUGUGGGGACCAGGGCUGUGACGGGCCAGAUCCUGACCACUGUCUGAACUGUAUCCACUACAGCCUGGGCAGCCUCAAGACAGGCAGGACGUGUGUGAGCCACUGUCCGCUGGGCUUCUACGAUAAUUUGGAGGCCAGGAGGUGUCGACGCUGUCACAAGGGCUGUGAGAGGUGUGUGGGACGCACCCCCACCGAGUGUCGCUCCUGUCGCAGGGGGCUCUACUUCAACCCCCUCAACGCUACCUGCUCUGAGACCUGCCCUGCUGGGUACUUCGCUGACGACAUUCAGAGGAAGUGUCUGAGGUGUCAUGAGAACUGUAUGAAGUGUCUGCGGGACUCAGACAGGUGUACUGCCUGUAACGACGGCUACAGUCUGGCAGGGAUGACCUGUGUUCCGGAGUGUGCCAACGGAACCUUCUUUCAUCUGGAGGAGAUGAAGUGUAGUCCCUGUCACACCUCCUGCUCUACCUGCACAGGUCAGUGUCCCUGUCACACCUCCUGCUCUACCUGCACAGGUCAGUGUCCCUGUCACACCUCCUGCUCUACCUGCACAGGUCAGUGUCCCUGUCACACCUCCUGUUCUACCUGCACAGGUCAGUGUCCCUGUCACACCUCCUGCUCUACCUGCACAGGUCAGUGUCCCUGUCACACCUCCUGCUCUACCUGCACAGGUCAGUGUCCCUGUCACACCUCCUGUUCUACCUGCACAGGUCAGUGUCCCUGUCACACCUCCUGCUCUACCUGCACAGGUCAGUGUCCCUGUCACACCUCCUGUUCUACCUGCACAGGUCAGUGUCCCUGUCACACCUCCUGCUCUACCUGCACAGGUCAGUGUCCCUGUCACACCUCCUGUUCUACCUGCACAGGUCAGUGUCCCUGUCACACCUGCUGUUCUACCUGUACAGGUCAGUGUCCCUGUCACAUCUCCUGUUCUACCUGCACAGGUCAGUGUCCCUGUCACACCUCCUGUUCUACCUGCACAGGUCCUGUCACACCUCCUGCUCUACCUGCACAGGUCCUGUCACACCUCCUGCUCUACCUGCACAGGUCCUGUCACACCUCCUGCUCUACCUGCACAGGUCAGUGUCCCUGUCACACCUCCUGCUCUACCUGCACGGGUCAGUGUCCCAGUCACACAUCCUGCUCUACCUGCACAGGUCAGUGUCCCUAUCACACCUCCUGCUCUACCUGCACAGGUCAGUGUCCCUGUCACACCUCCUGCUCUACUUGCACAGGUCAGUGUCCCUGUCACACCUCCUGCUCUACCUGCACAGGUCAGUGUCCCUGUCACACCUCCUGUUCUACCUGCACAGGUCAAUGUCCCAGUCACACAUCCUGCUCUACCUGCACAGGUCAGUGUCCCUAUCACACCUCCUGCUCUACCUGCACAGGUCAGUGUCCCUGUCACACCUCCUGCUCUACCUGCACAGGUCAGUGUCCCUGUCACACCUCCUGCUCUACCUGCACAGGUCAGUGUCCCUGUCACACCUCCUGUUCUACCUGCACAGGUCAGUGUCCCUGUCACACCUCCUGUUCUACCUGCACAGGUCAGUGUCCCUGUCACACCUCCUGUUCUACCUGCACAGGUCAGUGUCCCUGUCACACCUCCUGUUCUACCUGCACAGGUCCUGUCACACCUCCUGCUCUACCUGCACAGGUCCUGUCACACCUCCUGCUCUACCUGCACAGGUCAGUGUCCCUGUCACACCUCCUGCUCUACCUGCACGGGUCAGUGUCCCAGUCACACAUCCUGCUCUACCUGCACAGGUCCUGUCACACUUCCUGUUCUACCUGCACAGGUCAGUGUCCCUGUCACACCUCCUGUUCUACCUGCACAGGUCAGUGUCCCUGUCACACCUCCUGUUCUACCUGCACAGGUCAGUGUCCCUGUCAUACCUCCUGCUCUACCUGCACAGGUCAGUGUCCCUGUCACACCUCCUGUUCUACCUGCACAGGUCAGUGUCCCUGUCACACCUCCUGUUCUACCUGCACAGGUCAGUGUCCCUGUCACACCUCCUGUUCUACCUGCACAGGUCAGUGUCCCUGUCACACCUCCUGCUCUACCUGCACAGGUCAGUGUCCCAGUCACACCUCUUGCUCUACCUGUACAGGUCAGUGUCGCUGUCACACCUCCUGCUCUACCUGCACAGGUCAGUGUCCCUGUCAUACCUCCUGCUCUACCUGCACAGGUCAGUGUCCCUGUCACACCUCUUGCUCUACCUGUACAGGUCAGUGUCCCUGUCACACCUCUUGCUCUACCUGUACAGGUCAGUGUCCCUGUCACACCUCCUGUUCUACCUGCACAGGUCAGUGUCCCUGUCACACCUCCUGCUCUACCUGCACAGGUCAGUGUCCCUGUCACACCUCCUGCUCUACCUGCACAGGUCCAGGGAAGGAGGAGUGUAUCCAGUGUGCCAAAGAUCACCUGCAGCAAGAGUGGAGGUGUGUUCAGACCUGCGCCCCAGGAUACUACUCAACAGAGGAUGCUGGCUACCACCAGGGGAUGUGUCACAAGUGUGAGGAGAAUUGCCUGAGUUGCGACGGCCCCGGGACGACCUGUGUCAAGUGCAAAGACAGCUACAACCUCGUCAGCAGGACGUGCAUCGUGAACGCCACCUGUAACAAUGCCGACGAGGUGUUUUGUGAGAUGGUAAAGUCCAACCGGCUGUGUGAGAAGAAGCUGUUCCGGCAGUUCUGCUGCAGAACCUGUCUGAUGACCGGUUGAGAAUCCUAGUAGAGAACCUGGAGAGGAACCCUGCGUGGAACCCACCACUUCCUCAUCCACUGUUCAUUUCCAAACUAGCUAAUGUUUGUGUCUGAAUGAAAAGAAAGAAUGAAUAGGCCUUCACCAGGGUUGGGGUCAAUUCCAUUUUCCUCAAUGCGUUCCUGAAUCCACUGAAUUGAAAUGGAAUUGACCCCAACCCUGGAACACACACUAUUCCUCCCAUCAAUUUUACCCCACAAAGGGUAGACUUGAUUUUCAUACGAUAUAUACAGUAUUUUAAAGUUGUCUUUUUUAUUUAAAAAACAACAUACAGUAUGUAACAUGUAUAUUUUUUAUUCUAAUGCUGCAUUGUUGUAAAGUGCAGUACUUUUUCGACUACACAUGUUAGUCGAUAACUCUCUGAUUGAACCACUGUUUUUUGGAAGUGAAUUGGUCACCUGAAUAGUAUGAGCUGGUUGAUAAAGAAACAGCAUCACUCAAAAUGGGGAUCGUAUUUAUAAGGCACCAAAUGGAAUAAGACAAACUGAAACAUGAAGGGACUACUUGAACUUUUCUGUUUUCUGUUGUGUGCCCUACCGAAUACGACCCGGAUUAACUUUUCUGUUUUCUGUUGUGUGCCCUACCGAAUACGACCCGGAUUAACUUUUCUGUUUUCUGUUGUGUGCCCUACGGAAUACGACCCGGAUCAACUUUUCUGUUUUCUGUUGUGUGCCCUACCGAAUACGACCCAGAUCAACUUUUCUGUUUUCUGUUGUGUGCCCUACGGAAUACGACUCAGAUCAACUUUUCUGUUUUCUGUUGUGUGCCCUACGGAAUACGACCCGGAUCAACUUUUUCAUACUUAAGAUACAAACUUCCUCACAAAAAAUGGUUUAUUCUGUAUAAGGUUUUUCGUUUUUUUUUUAUAAAAAAUGUGUAAAACAAUGAAUUACUGUAAUCGUAUUUACAUUUUAGCAGACACUAUUAUUCAGAGUGACUUACAGUAGUGAGUGCAUACAUUUUCAUACUGGUCCCCGUGGGAAUCACACCCACAACCCUGGCGUUGCAAGAGCCAUGCUCUACCAACUGAGCUACACGGGACUAUUACUGAAUACUGUACAAUUCCUGUAUACUGUACCAUUUCAAAUGCUGUUGUACAUUUUAGAAUGUGUAUUUGAUGUUUGUUUCGUUUGUUUUUAUGUAUGAAAUAAAAGACGUUCAUUGUGUAUGAUA